AUGUACAACAGUGGCAACAACGUCGUGCCCGGGAGUCCCCCCCUGUGCAACGUAAGCGGCUCGCCCGUGUACAUGACCGGCGUAAAGAUACGGACCUUCUCCCCAGUGUGCAACGGCAACUACGCAAACAUGCAUGCGAACAAGAUGAGGAAGAACGUCAACGGGUACCUAACUCCGGUGGUUCCUUUUUUGGGUCAAAGGAGAUUUCCAAGUGGAGCUAAACGAAUUGGUAAGAAGGAGUAUGUGAGGAGUGUGGGGCAACCUAACAGGUUGAAAUCGUUUAAGCAGUACAGGUGCGUUGCGAAGGGCUGGGGGGAGGUGGCUGCCGGCCGCGGUGCAUGCCACUCGCAUGGCGGGGAGGUGCGGCCCGCGGAGGGGCUCCCCGAGCGUAGCGGCAAUCCAGGCGGUGGUCCAAACGGCGGUUUGAGCGGCACUCCAAGUGGCUACCUGAAUGGUCACCCGCGCGCCGAGAUGAGCGGCACCCCGGCGGUAAGCAGCCGCGUGUCGGACAAGACCAGGCAGAGCUACAAAGCGGCGGGGUACUUCAUCGUGAAGACCGAAGUGGAGCAGAACGCCGCAGCUAACGCCAACCAGGAAACGAACAAGAGGAAUAUCAACGUGAAGAUACUGCUGGGCUAUGACCCCCUGAAGAAGCAGCCGAACAGUAGGCCGCUCAUAGAAACGGAUGGGGGGCCGCAAAUGAAGGGAGAGCUUAACAUCCCUGGAGGGAAGAAGGACCAAGGGGAGUGCAACCCCGUGGUGACUGCCUACAGGGAGUUCAGCGAAGAGAGCAUUUACCUGUACAACAUGUUUGUGGCGUACUUUAGCCACCUGCACUACGUCAUGAAGGGGAUCGCCCCGGGGGGGCGUCAGGUGGAGAAGCGUCCAGCGGAGGAGCGUCAAGUGGAGCGUAACCCGGAGUGCUCCCCCCAAAUGGAGCUCACCCCAUACGAGCUGUCCCUGCGCAGGAACUUCCUAACCGACGUGACCGAAAUGAGCAUCGAGGAAAAGAAGAGAGCAAUCAACCUGCACAUAAACAACUUCAUGCUCUAUUUCAAGGAGGUGUGUCUAGACAUAAAGGAGAACCACGAGGCCAUGUACCGGUGUUCCUACCCCCCGUCGUACCACGAAAAGAGGAGUGCCACCUUGGAGAGGAUCCACAAGGAGGUCAGUUUGCUCUCCUCCAUAGAAAAUGAUGAGGUUAAUAAUUUUAAGCUUUACUACGCCCAAGGGAAAUACAGCCUUUUUUUUUAUAAUGCCAUUCAGUACCAUUGCAAGAAUAUGCUGCACUACUUGAGGAAUUAUUUCUGGCACAACUACACGACCUUCUUUUAUAUUCUCCUGCAUGAAAACAUGAACUUCUUAAUUAGAUGCAGAGGGAACAGUAGAACCAAUUAUGAACCCUACCUCUUUGAUUCCGGCGAAAUAAAAAAAAAAAUUGAUCCCGAUUUGUACCACAAUUUAAUGCACGUGGAAAAUUUGAUCCCAUCCGAGUAUGGCACAAAGAAAAGGGACACAUUUUAUGGAGAAGAAGGAGCUAGCCAAAAGGGGGAAGGAGAUUCCCAAAUGGACACUGGCUACAUGAACGAUAUGAUUUGGCUGGACCUCUCCGAUUUGCUUCUGUACCUCCUGAGGAGCUGCAGCUACGUGGGGAUCGUACGUCAUGUGUGGAGCCUGUUCGAUGAGAUAAUGCAAAGGGGUGGUGACCCAGUUGGUACUUCCCACUAUGGAAGCCACAGAGAGGACUACCAUCAUGAGGAAGCCGAGUCGUCUCAUUUCGUUCUAGUCGGCCAAGGCUCCCUAAAACUUCACAGGAGCAUAACCGCGAAGGUGUGGCACCUGUACAAGGACAUGCACAGGAGGCUGCACAUGCUGAUUCAGCACGAGGAGUACGACGCCUUUUGGGCUCUGUUCUUUUCGCCCUUCAACACGAAGCUGAGUGAGCGCAACGUGGGCACCCUGCGCAGGGGCUGCGGCGCCCCCUUCAGGAAGUUCCUCAACUGCCUGGUCACCAGCCGCGACUUCUGGGUCUUCCUCUUCCUCAACCUGGUGGGCAGCAUUCCGGGGGGGUAG